CUCGUUACUUGCAUCCAAUGGGCAGUGGUAGAAGUAGAGGCCAGCUAUUUUGGCUCUCGAUAUAGACUUUACACCAACCUCCAUUACUGCUUCUACUUCCACCCCCUAUCGUACCCUCUCCUCUCUUCUCCACCUUCACUCCUUACGCCCACCAUUCUUCUAUUUAUAUAAUCCCAACUCCUCUACGCUCUCAUACUCUUCUUUAUAUAUACAUAUAUAUAUGCACACACUCGCAUUCUAGUCUCCACUCUCUUCACAUUCUCUCUACCUUCUACUCCCACUGAAAUGAAACCCCUAGACUAUGGCAGGCUCGGACCCUCCGAACCCGGCGGAUCGUCCCGCUCUCUCGACCCACCAGAACAUACCACCUCAAACCCUUCCCGCAAGAGGAAGGUAAUCCUCCUUUCCCUCCUCUCCGUCGUCUUGAUCAUCGCCUCUGCCGUCUCCGCCACGCUUCUAAUCGGGCUACGCACCCGGGCUUCAGGCCAUCCCAGCCCAGUUGUGGCCAGGAAGCCCACCAAGGCCAUUUCUAAAACUUGCAGCAAGACGCGCUUUCCGACUCUCUGUGUUAACUCGUUGCUGGAUUUUCCUGGUUCUGAGACCGCCUCCGAGAAGGACCUCGUCCACAUUUCUUUCAAUAUGACUCUGCAGCACUUUAGCAAAGCUCUGUACCUCUCUUCAGGGAUCUCUUAUCUUCAGAUGGAUACUCGUGUACGGUCGGCCUAUGAGGACUGCCUUGAGCUGCUUGAUGAUUCCGUGGACGCGCUUUCGCGCUCGCUCUCCAUCGUCGCGCCGUCGAUGGACGGGAACACUGCAGGACAGGUACAGGCUGUCGGGUCCACUGAAGACGUGGUUACUUGGCUCAGCGCCGCGCUGACUAAUCAGGACACAUGUACGGAGGGAUUUACAGACUUAAGUGGAGCUGUAAAGGAUCAGAUGUCUGAUAAGUUGAGGGACUUAUCCGAGUUAGUGAGCAAUUGCUUGGCAAUUUUUUCGGCAACUGACAGUGACGAUUUCUUUGGCGUUCCGAUACAGAACCGGCGGAGAUUGAUGGACGCCGAAAUCUCGAAGGAAAAUGCCGAUGAUCUUCCGAGUUGGUUGGGGAGGAAAGAAAGGAGACUAUUGAACAUGCCGGUGUCGGCUAUACAGGCCGAUAUAAUCGUUUCGAAAGACGGGAACGGAACGUACAAGACGAUCACGGAGGCGAUUAAGAAGGCACCGGAGUACAACAAUCGGCGAACAAUAAUUUACGUGAGGGCAGGAAGAUACGAAGAGAAUAACUUGAAAGUGGGAAGGAAGAAGAGGAAUUUGAUGUUCAUAGGAGAUGGAAGGGGUAAAACGGUGAUUUCAGGAAGCAAAAGCGUUUACGAUAAUGUAACGACAUUCCACACUGCCUCAUUCGCUGCCACCGGAGCUGGUUUCAUUGCUCGUGACAUGACAUUUGAGAACUCAGCUGGUCCAUCCAAGCACCAAGCUGUGGCUCUCCGGGUUGGUGCUGACCAUGCUGUGGUCUAUCGUUGCAACGUCACUGGAUAUCAAGACACUCUCUAUGUGCACUCGAAUCGCCAAUUUUACCGGGAAUGUGGCAUUUAUGGUACGGUUGAUUUCAUAUUUGGUAAUGCGGCUGUAGUGUUUCAAAAUUGCAGCAUUUACGCUCGUAAGCCUAUGGCUUUACAGAAAAACACCAUCACUGCCCAGAAUCGUAAAGACCCUAACCAAAAUACAGGCAUAUCUAUCCAUGCCUGUAAGCUCUAUGCCACGCCAGAGCUCGAGGCGGCCAAUGGUAGCUUCCCAACAUAUCUAGGCCGUCCAUGGAAACUCUACUCAAGAACUGUCUACAUGUUAACAUACAUGGGUGAUCACAUUCAUCCAAGAGGUUGGCUAGAAUGGAAUGCAACAUUUGCACUUGAUACGCUGUACUAUGGUGAGUACAUGAAUUUCGGGCCGGGAGGGGCAGUCGGGCAACGGGUAAAAUGGCCCGGGUAUAGGGUCAUCACAUCAACUACUGAGGCAAGUAAAUUCACAGUAGCAGAGUUUAUUUAUGGAUCAUCAUGGUUGCCUUCUACUGGAGUGGCAUUUUUAGCUGGAUUAUCAGUUUGAGUAGCAUUGUCAUUGUGUAGCAUAAAUAGACAUUAUAAAGUUCCUACCACGUCCUUAAUAAUUGUAUGCAAGCAAUUUUUUUUUUUUUCGCAUAAUUUAAUAGCCAUUAUUGUAACAGUGAUUGUGCCGCCUUCUUAUAUAGUUGUAACUUGUAACCCAUGAGAUGCUAUAGAAAAUUAAAGGAAAUGUUCUCUCUUCCAUUGAUUCAAAA